AUGGAGUGGACGCUCCCUACGAUAAACGUUCCAGCACCAUUGAGCCCGGUUGACGCAAUCUCGUUGCUUUCAAGCCGCGAGAUAAGGUCAGCUCCACCACCCAGAAACACACUGGUCGCCUUUAUAUACCAGGCUUCAGUUGCUGCCUUUUCACAGCUACAAAAACUGGCUUCUGGCGUGCAUGACCUCUAUGGACCAGAGAAGCCGAUCCCAAAAGACCACAUUCGAGUGCGAUGGACAUGCACUUGCGGUGCGCAACUUUAUGAUGACUACAUCGAGCGGCGACCCGGAGCUGCACGCGAGUUUGAAACAUUUCUCAACAGGCCUCAAGCUCAUGCUCCUACUUCGUCAUCAGCGAGCACUUCUUCCUCUCCAGGCAGCACCAACAUAUGGAGCGGUAGUUCGGCUUUGGCAACGCCCUCGCCAGCAACUACGUGUUCAUCACAAGGCAGCAGUUUCUCGAAUUCCGGCUACAGUCCCACAGCAGUUCGCUCUAGUAACCCUUUCCUUGUGCGGAUGGUCAACCCGGUGCAAAGAUGGCUCCUCACUUGUAUAGAAGAAGGCUAUUUGACGACGAAGCUCUCACAUAUCGAUGUGACAGACCCGAGAGUACGCUCAGACAAAGACCUCGCAAUGGAAAUCCGCAAGCUUUACUCGCAUAUAAACAGAAAAUGGUGGAGAAUUUUACGCCUUCGGGGCCUAACAAGCAUCAAGUUCGUCCAAUUCGAAGCAUACCGAAACCGUGUUGUGGAUAUUCGCAAAUGCCCCGACAUGCCGCCACGAAGCCAGCACUACGAUUACGACCAUGCACCGGAUGAAUUGAUACCUCCGGUAGGCGACAAAUACCUAAUGCAUAUGUUCAUGCAUCCGGAGGACCAUGACAGUGAAGUAAUUGCGUACGCUCGCUUCCCCAAAAAGCGAGGCCAGAAAGUUGAAGGUGGGCUUGCAUGGGGUGUCCAUCUUGUCGAAGGUUUCCUUGCGGAUCGCGUUUGGUUGCUUUUGAUGGGAUUCUUUGUGCUGGGAAGUAUUGUUUUCGCUGUAGUGUGGGCUGUAAUGAGGCAUGGAGACGUCCAAGGUGCUUUUGGUGUAGCGGCGUGGCUUUUAACUCUUGCUGCGCUUGUCAUUGGAUGGGCAGAGGCAUCACUUGGCUAG